AUGGAGCCUUUUGCCAAGCGGCCUCGUGUGGAGGGGGCCAUCCACACGGGUUUACCAGCAGAGGAGGCGCUGACAUUCCAUCUUUUGAAGAAGGACGCUGAGGGGCGGGUGGUGAUCGAGGAGAACGGCAACUUCCCGCCGGAAAUGACGCACCAGCUGUUUGGCGAGAAGGAGGAGAUUGUGGGAUACGACGGCCUCAGCAUCGACGUGUGGCUCACGCCACAGUUCCAGGCAUUCAUCGACGUCAAGUACGCGGCCAAGGGGCCCGGCGCCACAGAGCUGAAGCAGCCGUUUGCGGACGCCUUUGAGGCGGGAUUCUUCCAGGACAAGGCGCAGUUUGAUGCGGCGCUGCAGGAGGAGGCGGGCAUUGAUGUGGGGCUGCUGGGCGAGCAGGUGGCCAGCCGGGAGACGGAGGAGGGGUCAACGUUCCGGGUGUGCCACGCCCACCUGGCCACCGCCAACCCCGCGCUCAAGGCGAUGCACGCGCGGCUGCAGCCCCUGCUCUACUUCUUUGUGGAUGCCGCCAGCACUAUCGACCAGGAGGAUGAGGGCUGGCACCUGCUGACCGCGGUGGAGCAGUCACCCGAGGGCGUGGAGGUGCUGGGGUUUGCCACUGUGUAUCGGCACUACCAUUACCCGGCAGGUGCCCGGCUCAAGCUGGCACAGAUCCUGGUGCUGCCGCCGCACCAGGGGCGCGGCGCGGGCAGCAUGCUGCUGCAAGCGGCGCAGGGGCUGGCGGAGCAGACGGGCGCCUGUGACCUGUCGUUUGAGGACCCUGCAGACGCGCUGCAAGCGCUGCGCACCGGCCUGGAUGUGCAGCGUGCGCUGGCGCUGGACUGGGCGCAGGCGGCCGCCGCGGAGCGCAUCUCUGCGCUGGCCGGCGACAAGGGAAAGUCGUCGGCAGCCACCGCCAACGGCAGCGGCAGCGGCAGCGGCAAGGCAGCCCGGCUGGCGGCGCUGGAGCACCCGCUGGCGGCGCCGGCCGAGGUGCUGUCUCGGCUGCGCUCGGAGCUGCGGCUGACGCGGCUGCAGGCGGGGGUGGUGUGGCGCGUGCUGGUGUACGUUGUUGGCAAGGGCGAGGCGGCGGUGGUGGAGGGCGUCAAGGGCAUGAUACGGCAGCAGCUGGUGGCGCAGCUGGCGGCGGCAAAGGAGGACGCGCAAGGCAAGAGCGUGCGGGAGACGGACAAAGGGUUCAUCAUGUGCCGCGGCGCCGCCACCACCAAGAGCGCCAUCCCGCUGCUCCCGGUGGAGGAGCAGAGCGCGGAGCAGCAGGCAGACGCGGUGGAGGAGAGCACGGAGCAGCAGCUGGAGGCGGUGGCGGCGGUGGCGGCCAAGUUUCUUCUGUUGGAGGAUGAGGAGGACGAGGAGUGA